AUAUAGGACGUGGUGUAAUCUGGGUGUCGAUUGUUUAAUGGAUCUUCAGUAUAGGUGUGUAGGAUUCUUGGGACGAGACUUACGGGCGGCGAUAUGGCGCGAUGCCUCUUUCGGAUUUUCUCAGCUGCUACGGCGCCGGCAUCUUGCUUCAACGGGAAGAGACGAGACACCACCGAUGGCAACAGCGUCCCAUCUGGCGACGCAAGCGUGUGUGGACAAAAAGGAUAGUCGGGUGCACUUUUGGUUUCACUCCACUCUCGUUUUACAUACACACUCUUUUCUUUUGUCUUUCCUUUUUUUCUUUACUAUGUUUAACCCUAAUUCUUCCAUUCGUUCAUAACAGGGCAAGGGUUUCUGCCGACCAAAAGCAUCAUGUAGCAUAGCAUUAGAUAGUGGCCUUAAGCCAGAGUACAAGACAUUCCUUCGCAUGUCGCCGGACACUGUCUUACAGGCUGCCAAGACGCCUUUCCUGGUUAUAAAACGUCUGUCACCGGAAACCGAGAUCCACACCUUAGCAAGACAGGAGACGAUA